CGGCUGCCCCCCUGCCCGCGCGAGGCGGAGCUGGAGCUGGGAGCGGUGCUGUUUGUCGCCGCCGCCUCUCCCCAGUGACCGAGGACACCGGGGCUACCUGGCGGGACCCCCGUUCUCCGGCCGACGCCCGACGCCUCAUUCCCGCUGUCGCCUCUGCCGGCGCUGGCCACGAAGCAGCCAUGAGCUGGGGCACGGAGCUGUGGGAUCAGUUCGAUAACUUGGACAAGCACACACAAUGGGGCAUUGACUUCUUGGAGAAAUACGCAAAAUUUGUAAAAGAAAGGAUAGAAAUUGAGCAAAACUAUGCAAAGCAACUGAGAAAUCUGGUUAAGAAGUAUUGCCCUAAGCGCUCUCCCAAAGAUGAGGAACCCAGGUUUACGUCAUGUAUUGCAUUUUUUAACAUCCUUAAUGAGUUGAAUGACUAUGCUGGACAACGAGAAGUAGUUGCAGAAGAAAUGGGACACAGAGUGUAUGGAGAAUUGAUGAGAUACUCUCAUGAUCUAAAAACUGAGAGGAAAAUGCAUCUUCAGGAAGGGCGAAAGGCUCAGCAGUAUUUGGACAUGUGCUGGAAACAGAUGGAUAAUAGCAAAAAGAAAUUUGAGAGAGAAUGCAGGGAGGCAGAGAAGGCACAACAAAGCUACGAAAGACUGGACAACGACACUAAUGCGACAAAAGCUGAUGUUGAGAAGGCUAAGCAACAGUUAAACCUGCGCACACAUAUGGCUGAUGAAAACAAAAAUGAGUAUGCUGCACAACUACAGAAUUUUAAUGGAGAGCAGCACAAACACUACUACAUUGUCAUUCCUCAGAUUUAUAAGCAACUUCAAGAAAUGGAUGAAAGAAGGACUAUCAAACUCAGUGAAUGCUACAAAGGCUUUGCUGACUCUGAGCGCAAGGUUAUUCCCAUUAUCUCUAAAUGUUUAGAAGGGAUGAUCCUUGCAGCCAAAUCAGUUGAUGAACACAGAGACUCUCAACUAGUGAUAGACUGCUUCAAAUCCGGUUUUGAACCUCCUGGAGAUUUCCCAUUUGAAGAUUACAGUCAGAAUAUUUACAGAACUAUCUCUGAUGGAACCAUCAGUACACCAAAGCAGGAGGGAAUGAGAAUUGAUACAAAAACUACAGUGGGCAAAUCGAAAGGAAAGCUGUGGCUAUUUGGAAAGAAGCCAAAGCCACAAUCCCCACCACUAACCCCUACUAGUUUAUACACAUCCAGUACUCCUAAUGGGUCCCAGUAUCCCAUAUUCUCCAUUGAACCAGUGCAUUAUUGCAUGAGUGACAUAAAAACAGGGAAGCCCAGAAUUCCUUCUUUCAGAAGCCUCAAAAGAGGGUGGUCGGUGAAGAUGGGCCCUGCAUUAGAAGAUUUCAGCCACCUCCCUCCAGAACAAAGACGCAAGAAACUGCAGCAGAGAAUCGAUGAACUUAACAGAGAACUACAGAAGGAAACAGACCAAAAAGAUGCUCUCAUAAAGAUGAAGGAUGUUUAUGAAAAAAAUCCCCAGAUGGGUGAUCCAAGCAGUCUGCAACCGAAAUUAACUGAGACUAUGAGCAACAUGGAUCGUCUGCGGAUGGAAAUACAUAAGAAUGAGGCCUGGCUCUCUGAAGUUGAAGGUAAAGUAGCAGCCAGAAGUGACAGGCGGCACAGCAGUGAUAUCAACCACCUUGUAACACAGGGCAGAGAGAGCCCUGAAGGCAGUUACACGGAUGAUGCCAGUCAGGAGGUUCGAGGCCCACCACAGCAACAUGUGCAACCCAGUGAGUUUGAUGAUGAGUUUGAAGAUGAUGAUCCAUUACCAGCUAUAGGACAUUGCAAGGCAAUAUAUCCCUUUGAUGGUCAUAAUGAAGGCACUCUGGCAAUGAAAGAAGGAGAGAUUCUGUACAUUAUUGAAGAGGACAAAGGAGAUGGGUGGACAAGAGCUCGAAGACAUAAUGGAGAGGAAGGCUAUGUGCCAACAUCAUAUAUAGAUGUAACACUAGAGAAAAACAGCAAAGGUUCCUGAAGCGGGUUUCUGAGAAAAUGGGCGAGAUCUUGAAGGAGGUUACAUGCAGCUGCUGGGGGGUGGGGGGGUGGGUUCUAGACUGGGAGGCCCAAGGGGAAAAGCUAGUUGCAUGAAUGCAUGCAGACAUACAUUUAGUCACUAACAUCUUAGCAUCUCCAUACAUAGGUAAGGAUGGUGAUACAAAUUCUUCAAUUUGUGCAGGAAAAGAGAGUUCCAUUACCAGAGUAACAAAGCUACUGCUCCUAAAAUUGCUUUAUUUUCAUUGUCUAAGUUGUUCCGGAUGCACAAAUUAUAUUUCACCUUGUGCUAUAUUUUGGUUAUAUCUCAGUUACAUUCUUCUCAACUCAAUUGGCAGUCAUUUAGAACCAUAAGUCAGUUAUCAGUCUGCCUGUACCACCUCCAUGCUCGCCGUUAACCUCCUCCUGCAUGCCUAGGACAGUCGGGCAUGUCUGCAUAACACUUUGCCAUCAUUGCUUGUCUUAUUUUGUAACAAAUCAUUUUCUUCAACUAUCUUCAGCACUAGAGUUCCAUACCAGUAUCCAUGUAUGCUGCUAUAACUAUACCACUGCAACCAUCAUUACAUUCCAGUUUUUGGCAUAACUGAUAAGAGACCAUAUGUAUUUGUGUUGAUUUGGGGAAAUGCUACAUCUAUGCUCUAGCCUACAAUGCAAUCAAGAGAAACUCCUAGAACUGUGGUCCAUCUUCAGCACUUCAGUAACCUGUUGUGAGCACUGAAAACCUGGAACACGUCCAGAGAGAUUCAACACUGCGAGCUAACGACUGUUUUCAGAAGUCAACCACUUGCCAUUCAAAUGCUGCCUUAAACUAGAGUGCCUAAAUCUGUUGUUUGCCAACACUACCACUUACAGUAUCCCACAAAGGGCUUUGUGUCUUGGCUCUUUUCACAGUGCUGCAGCUGCUGGGGUAGCCACAGUAGGCGUUUUCUAGAGCUCUACUUUACUGGAUACAUGGUGCGUCAUGAAUUUGAUACAUUGAGAUGUGUAUCUCUUCAUUUGACUUUUAAUAUUUUUUUAGAAUAUUUUUAUGGAAACUGUCUUUUAGUUUUUCACUAUGAAGUUCCAAUUUUAAUUACUGCAGUGCUAGUCCAUUUCCAGGUGAUGCUUCAUUGUAUGGACCAGUUGAAAUUUGAGUGAUACUUCGUUAAUGAUCUAUGUGCACUUUUACUUGUAAACAAUUGAAAUUGGAUAUGUUUAUACGUGUAAAUAUAGUUGUCUGCAGUGCCCCUA